AUUCAUUCAUCCAUUUAUUCAUUCGAGCGUCCUCAUGAACACACAAGGCAUUCAUUCGGACGAUGCAAGCAGCACUGCGGGACACCCUGCAAUGACCAGGGCGGCAAGUCCGAAGAACGGCCAUGCAUCGUGAAUACAGACAUACAUACGUGUGUCCACCUCAUUCCUGUCUGUCUGUCCGUCCGUCCGUCCAAGUGUCAGUGUCUUCUCAGCUAGAGGGGCGGCAGCUGUCGGUAGAAUGACCUCCUGGUGGCAAAGAAUGCCCUACUCAGCCGUCCCUCCAGCACCCACCUGUCCACACCCACCGCACCGCUGCCCUCCUCACCAACUGGCGGGAAAGACUCAUCCGCCUCCUCCAUCUGACAACAGAAACCAAACCGACGUGCUCACCUCACAAGCGGGAUCGCGUACGUAUACAUGCGUGUUGGAUGGCUGGCUGCAGCCCCUCCCUGACUCACCUGCUUCUUGAGCGAUGCGGCUCGGUCGACGACCACAUACCCUCGCGGGGCGCCGAACAUGACCUGCAUUGCAUUGCAUCGCAUCGCAUGCACCAGCAGCCAGCAGCCACAGGUGUUGUGCUCACGGCUGACAUGACACACCGCCCCCCCUCCCCAGCCAGCCACCCACAUACCUCUUUGUGGUCGCCCGAUGUGUGUAGCAGCUUCUGCAGGUCGACCAGCCGAGCAGACCCCAUCAGCAGGGGCUCACUCGGGGGCGGCAUGCCCUCGUCCGCACCCAUGUCUUCAGCCUCCAUUACAGCCUGGUCUGCACCCCUAGCACCUGCAGCUGGACCCGACUCGGAUGGCUCCACCUUGACCUUGACGAGAGGCUGUUGGUGAGUGCCGUCUGUAGCGGCGGCGGCUGGGUGUUGCUGUCUGUCGGAAAGGCCCCAGUCAACGCCGCCUGCAGACCUGCGAUCAAGGAAAUCGACACGUGUGUACAAUAUAUGUGACUGGCUGGCUGCCUCUCCCUCCCUCCCUCCCUCCCUGCCUCCCUCUCCUACCCCUGCGUGCCGCCGGCAUCCCUCUGCAUGUCGCCGACCACCACCGCCACAAACGAGGGCAUCGCCGGCUCUUCCCUCCUCUCUGCCGCCGCAGCGGCAGCCUCCUCACGGCCCCCCUUGCCCUGCCCCCGCCCACCACCUCCCACUCCUGGUGCUGGUGCGGGUAGGUUGACGAGAGCGGGCGGGCGGCGGCCCCUCGCGUCCACCUUGCUGAACUUGAGCUGCUCCCACAAGUCCGGCGGGAUGCGGAUCGUCCGCUUCAACGUGGGCAGGCGGAUCUCCACCGACUGGAACUGAAGCAGAAAGGGCGGCAGCAGGGGGUGGGGGGCGUCGGGGGGCGGAGGCUGCUGUUGGUCUUGCUGCAGUUGCUGCUGGAGGGAUUGGAGGUCGGCGAGAGAGGGGAGGGGGGCGCAGGGGUGGAUCUGAGGCGGGUCGGCUGUGUUGGACAGGCUGGACGAGAGAAGUGACGCGCUGUGGGGGCCGCCGAUGUUGGCAAAGUCGGGGAGAAGGACCACGUGGCGGGGCUUGAGCCGCUUGAUGAAGUGGCACGCGCUCACCCCGUCGGCCACCCCUUCCUGGCCGUGCAGCACCUGCAGUAUGUGUGUGUGCAUCCAUUCAUUCCAUCAGACAGACACCUAGACGAGACACCUCUGCACUGUGUGUACCCGUAUGGCGACCCUGAUGACGACUGAGAUUUCCUCCUCCACAUACGUGUGAGGGUCCUCGCCCAGCCACUCCCUACAACACAACACAACACAACACAACACAGACAAGGCAAACGCACUAAUGCACACAUCAACCCGCCCCCUCCCUCUAGGUGUGCCACCUGAGCUGUGCCUUCCAGUCAGGCUCCUCCUCACCCACACCGGCCCUCUGCUGCUCACCACCCUCGCCCAUCGCCCACCCGUCCAGGCCACCACCUCCACCCCUUCCGUCCACACCGACCUCUCCCUCCCUCUCCGUUUUGACACGGAACUUGAACCACUCCCUUCUCGGCUGCUGGGGUGGUUGACCUGUCGUCUGCGGUGCAUACCCGCCGCCCAUCGCCGGCCGGCCCGGCUGGCCCUUGCGCUUGAACCGGCCAGCCAGACCCCUUGGUGGCUCGGGGGGGAGGGAGGAGGGGGUGCCACCGAGGGGGAGGGAGUUGUCGGCUUGGCCCGUGGCGGACUGCCAGGUGUCGAGCUCCUCUUCCGUGAGGGUCUCGCCGAACUCGUUGGCCUGCCGCUUCCUCUCGGUGUGGCUGAAGGUCCGUUGGCACCAGUCCCUUGGCCCGCCGAAGUCUGCCGAUGACGACAGCAGCCUCUCACCACGCGGCAUCUUCACCACCGACGACUGACGCCGCGGAGGCCUCUGGCCGCCAGGACCAUCCUCACCGACGCCCAUCGGCACGUCGGUGUCUUCCUGCUUGAUAGUGACCGGGUGGCUGGUGGAAUCGUCGGGUGGUGCGGGGGCCAUGGGUGUGUCGGCUGAAGGCUGCUCGGGAGGCCGCUGGCUCGCCAUCAGGGCUCUCUGCUCCUCAUACAACGCACGCAGCUCGGAAUCGGGCAAAGGCACCUGAACAAAGGCACAGAGGUUAUAGGUUGUGUACCCACCCACCCUGUCGAUCGAAUUGCUGGUUCUCACUCACUGACUGACUGACCUUCCUUUUGCGCACGAUGGUGACAGGCCGGCUCUGUUGCCGCGUCGGCAUGGUGGUCCGCCCUCUGUCACUGCCAAAUGCGAAGCUGUGCGCCAGCCUCUCGGCGAGUGAGCCGCUGGGGGGCGGGGUGAAAAAGAUGACCGUGUUGCUCGGGUCGGGGGCGAGCUUCAGAAAGACCUCCUGACAUUCACAUACACAUACAUACAUAGGGGGAAAAGGGGAAGAGGGUCUCACCCACUCACUGCCUGUCCGUCUGUCUGUGCGUUUGUAUGUUUCCUUACCUGUGCAGGUCCCCCUUCGAGUGUGGCUGGUGUGGCCAGCACGAGCUUGGGUCGGUCCGGUAGAGACUCGUACUGUCGGACAUAACAUACACAGACAGAGCAAGAAGCGUGCGUCGUGUAUGGUGUGGUGGGUGACAUACAAACCUCUUGCAGUGAGUUGCAGACAGUCAGGUGUUUCAUCGGGUGGAACGGAUUCGUCCUGACCGAUCAAUCGACGGAUCGGGUCACCACACACAGUGAGGUAGCCAACAUGGAUAUCCACAGGAUGCUCAGGCGUCGGCGCACCGCACCCACCCCACCGACCUGUUUGUGUCAAAGUUGUUUCGGAUCCGCUCCGACAUCCACUCGAGCAACGUCCGGGCGAAGAGCAAUAUCGGCUCCCUGACACACAAACACACACAUGGCAUGGACCACACACACACACAUCCAUUAUGUGAAUGCCGUCCGGCCGUGUGUGCAGGUGUGCUUACGCGACAGGCGAUAGGAACACAAUGGGAUAGUAUGAGAGACCGGCGCUUCGCGUCCACGCCGCGUCGAAGUACAGCAGCAGCUCAAAGAUGCGACCUGACACCACAACACAACACAACCAACCGACCUUCGUUGUCCGUCUCUGCCUUCGUUCGUUCCUUCGUUCGUCGGGCCAGACCUGUCGGCUCGAUGGGGAUGAGCACAGUGCCCUUCCUCCCACGGAGUGUCUGGGACACAAUCUCUGCUCACACAGCGCAGCGCAGCACAGCACACAUACGGAUGAAGGGAGGCAGGUGCGUGACAGUCCAGCCAUCCGCGUGUGUGGGUGCUUUGCUAACUAAAAAGCGCGGCGCCCUCUGUGGGUUUCUCCAACAGCUCCUCCAGCGACGCAUCUGACGCACGACAGACAGACAGACAGACAGACAGAUAUACCACAAGUCCUCUCUCUGUGGGCUUUCUCCUGUCCCUUGCUUUGCUUGCGUGUCCCCACCCACCCACCCCUUGUAGGCGAGAAGUGCUGCAUCAUGAGCCAUGAUGAGAGGGGAGGUGGCGGCGGGGGCAUGAUCCACACUGCAGGACGGCUGCGGCUCGUCAAGAUGCUCAGACAACCGUCCAAAUGCCUGCAGACAGAGAACCACAAACACAGAGACGUCCAUCUCCACAUGCAGUGCAGGCACGCAUUUUAUUGUGUCGUCGAGCAGAAUGUGCCUUGCCUUUCGGGUUUGGGUGUCCAUUUGGUGGCGAAUAGAAUCUCUUGGCAUCCCACUUUGAUGCUCCAGACGGUGCCGCCCAGGCUAUACCCUGACGGCAAUGCCUCGAUCGUCACCUCGUCGCGCACACCAUCAGACAUUGCCUCCUCUGACACACACACACACACACACACACACACACAGUGUGAGCGUUCGUCCCUCCCCGCCCUGCCUGCCUGCGUCCUUACCAUUGGUGUUCGGUCGAGUGAGUGGCACCGGCUGGUGGUAUCUGAGCCUAUGGCACUGCUCGAAGGCCUCAUCGAUGUCGUCCAGCGACAAAUCCACAGACGACUGCUGCCCACCCUCACCGGCACCCUCACCGGCAGCAGCAGCUGCUGCUGCAGCACCGCUGGCCAUGCCUUGCUGCUUGUGCUGGUACGGUCGGUAAGGGGUGUUGAGGUACACGUCGUAUAAGGCCAUGCGCGCGAGGCGGAGAACGGGCUCGGUGCAGUACACACGACGAGCCUGCGACACACACAGACAGACAACCCGGUGAACUGAACGUGCGGGCGUAUGACAGGUCGGUGUCAGUCAGAGUGUGGGAAGUCAGUCACCUGUGUGUCGCCCUCGGCUGUCCUGAAGAAUGGCGCCCAUUGUGAGAGGAGGAAGGGCACCGCGCCGACGUGAUCCAGGUCUCCCUGCGUCAGCAGCAGAUAGUCUACCGUGCCAACCCAUCUGACAUCCAAUUGAUCAGCGACGCGAUGCGAUGACGACACACAGAUCAGAUCAGAUCAGAUCAGAUCAGCUCUGAUCUUCCUCCCUCUCUCUCGGCCGUCGCUCCCUGUCUCUGAGACUGGACUGCCUUCCUGUGUGUCUGUCUGGCUUACUGUUGUAUUGGUUGGAGGAAGUCGGGAUCAAAGAAUGCGUUCCAUCCGCAGUUGACCAUGAGAUUGAGGGAGCCGAUGCGCACCACGGCGCAUUGCUCAGGACCGCCGUACACGGGGAUCACCUCCACAACCUCACGCAUCUUGCCAGACCCG